AUGACCGAACUGGACUCUAGACCAGACAUGCCCAUAAUCAUCAAUACUGUCCCUCCAAACUUCCCUCCGAGUGCUCUGGAGUCAGGAGAGCAAAUAAUCCAUCUUGACACUGGUGCGCACAGCAUGGUUGUGGGGCAUAUUGACCUCAUUCUUGCCAAUCUCUAUCGAGCAUUGGCAUUCAUUGCGUUGAAGACUGGUGUUGACGUUUCCCAAGUAUCGCUCCUGCCGCUUUUAGUAGGUGCCUGUAUCUCAAAAUUCCAAAUUGGUGCUCUUCAACUUGAGCUUGCGCCUGGGCUUGGUGAAACGCCAUCCUUGUCAGGGGGGCCUAACAAUGAAGCAGCAUUACAACAAUCAACCGACAGCUCAGAUACCAGCAAUGCUGAGACAGCACUCGAUCCUGGAAGUAGUUUCACUCUUUUCCAACAUACCGUAUGA